AUGUCAACUACUCUACUUUGGUUUUCAAGUGUAAUAGGCUACGUGAUUCAAACGAAAUGUUUGUCCAAUAUACAAUCCAGGAAGGAGAUCCCUGCGGGGCCCAAUGGUACGAUCGCGACACCCGAGGCUAGCAGCGAAAACGGCAACUCAGGCUCACUGACCUUUUAUCUGACCUUCAUGUACUUUGCCUCGUGGUUGCUUCUGGUACCUGUAUCUCGACUUUGGAAGAACAUGAGACCGAUGCUUGUUUCUGAUUCAGAAUCGAACAGAAGUUCUCCAUUCGACAGUGUCAACGGCGAAUCUGCAAAUGACGGAGGCGUCGACACGCUGCCACACGUGUUAGACGAACCUCAACCACGCAUCGCAGUCCAGCAACAGAAGCAAAAAAUCGUAUCUGUCGCUACGAUUAAAUAUGUGGCGAAGCUAACUGUGUUGGCCCUCAUAAUGAUUGUUGCAAACUUGACGUAUAAUAUGGCUUUGUCAUUAUCGCCAGCUUUUGACGUUGCCUUGAUACAAAACACUGCCAUUUUCGAAAUUGUCACUUUGCUAUAUGGUGUUUGUGGGAUUUCCAGGAAAAACUAUGUUUUCCGUAACUUUCUCAUCAUGAUGAACGCAGUUAUUGGCAUUUUAAUCAUCUCAUACACAAAGGCCACCUGUGACAUGCUUGCCGGUAAGCUAUCUGUUAAUCCUAAUACGGGAGAACUUUCAGACCCCUUCUUAUUUGACAGAUUAAAAGGUGCUUUGAUUUGCGGUCUUGGUGCCUUGAUCAUGGGUCCAUUUGCCGUUUUAUGGAACCGUUGGUUCUGCAGUAACAUCUCAAAAAACGAAAACUCCGCUGUAGUCUUAGUCAAGCAGAGCACUCAUAUGGCCCUGAUCGGCAUUAUUGGUAUGAUAAUACUUUUACCCUUCAUUCCUAAAUUACCCUCUCGCGAGUCGUUGGAAUCCAUUUCCCUUCUAUACAACGACAAGAGCUUUUGGGUUUCUUUACUGGGCUCCAUUAUCUUCGGCUCUCUACCAAACUUGAUAUCGAUACUUGAGUUGAACCGGAAAGCACCUGCUGAAUACUUGACGACAUGCAAUCUGGGCGCUAUUAUCUUUAUGGGUUUGGCUGAAUGGAUCUGCGAACCUACCCAAACCACUAUCGUUAGAUGGGAAGUCAUUGGAUAUAUUAUGCUGACUGUGAGUUUGUUGGUGUUAUCUGUAACACUUGGGGAAGGCAAAUACCAUUUUUAG